AUAAAUCAUAUAUAAUAAUAAUAAAUAAAAGGAUAUAUACAAAUAACAGUUGACAACUCUCCAGGACUCUCGACUCUCCUUAUUCGUUUAAAAAAAUUAUUGUUCAAAUCAUGUGUCAUAACUCGUAAGUCAAUAAUAAGGUAAAGAAUUUCAUUACUCUAUCUGUGACAGGAGUAAUAAUAUUAAACAAUUAAUGUCAUAAUAAUAGUACAAAUAACUGAUAAUAAGAAAGCCAAAAAUGGCAAUAAGAAGAAUAUAAAAUAUAGAUAGUGAUUUAUUACAAUAAAAAUUUAUUUCUAAAAAAAUUGUUACCUUUUUAAGAAAAUGGAAAACACAAUAUCAGAACAAGUGGAUACGACUGAAGAUUCAAAAGGAGAGUCUAGUUUGGAAAACAAGAAAAAUGUACGGUUCCAAUCACUAUUUUCUUGUCUUGAUCCUUCUUUUUGGUAUAAAGUUACACAGUUAAAAUUGGAGGUCGAUAAGUUGAGUGAAGUAUCUAGGCCUCUUAUUGGCUUUUAUUCUUCAAAGAGUGCUCCAUUUAUAUCGUUGGAUUGUUCAUCGUUCAACCAAGAAAUCAACCAAACAUCGACUAACUAUGUUGCCAGAGGUCAUUGUAUACAUAGAAAUACAUUAGAUUCCUUUAAAAACUGUGAUAAAAGUGAGUUACUAAAGAAUUUCGGAGAACAAUUGCUGGACGAUUUUCGUUCCGGAAGAGCAGUUAAAGAUCCUUCGUUAAUUCCAGCAUUCAAUAUAUUGAUGUAUUCUGAUCUUAAGCGAUACCAUUUUUAUUAUUGGUUUGCGUUUCCAACUUUUGCUGAACCAAUGUAUUAUUUAGCCGACCUUCCAAGACCACUUGAUACUGUAUUAUUACUUACUCAAAUUGAUUGUCUUCUUCCUAAAUUUCAAAGUCUUCAAAUUAAUCAAAGAGGAUUUUUUGGUAUUGUGUUAAAAAAAGGCGGCGAGAUUGAAGUUAUUACUUUAGAAAAGUACAUAGAACUAAGAAAUACAUUGGAAAAUCAAUCACAGUGUUAUUUAGUAUUUGCAGAUCCUUCAGAUUUAGAAAACAACCCAGGAUGGCCAUUGAGAAAUGUUUUGUUUCUUUUACUAUUACAUUGUCCAUCUGCAUUGAAUUCAACAUUUAAAGUUAUUGCUUUGAGAGGAACAACACAAAAUAAGUUUAACAAAAGCAUUUUGUUCAGUAUCAAAGUACAAUCUAAUUUUGAAAUGGCGAUUGUACAAGACAUUAAGUUUGUAGGCUGGGAAAAAAACAAUAAAGGAAAGUUUUGUCCUAAAUAUGUCGACCUUAGUAAAACGAUGGACUCAAAAAAGCAUGCCAGAGAGUCUGUCGAUUUAAAUCUUAAGCUUAUGAAAUGGCGUUUAGCACCGGAUUUAAAUUUGAACGUUUUAGCUCAGUCAAAAUGUCUUGUAAUAGGUGCUGGUACUUUAGGCUGCUGUGUUGCCAGAAAUCUAAUGUCAUGGGGUGUUCGCAACAUAACAUUUAUUGACAACGGUAAAGUUUCUUAUUCGAACCCUGUUCGGCAAUCGCUGUACAAGCAUUCACAUUGCGUGGGUUCAAACACCUAUAAAGCCUUAGCGGCCGCGGAAGUUUUAAAAGAGAUACAUCCAGAAAUAAACAGCGCUGGUGUGAUAAUAAAUAUUCCAAUGCCUGGCCAUGAAGCAAAUAGUGAAGGCCUACACGAUGUGGACCGACUUUCAAAACUCAUACAAGAUCACGAUGUUAUAUUUUUGCUAACAGACUCAAGAGAGAGCCGUUGGUUACCUACAAUGCUGUCAACUUUACACAACAAACUUGCCAUAACUGCUGCUCUCGGUUUUGAUUCAUAUUUAGUAAUCAGACAUGGAACCAAAUUGCAGUCGGCGUCCUCUGAAACUACAAAAUUGGGAUGUUAUUUUUGCAAUGAUGUUACUGCACCAGGGAAUUCUUCUGUGGAUAAGACAUUGGAUCAACAAUGCACUGUUACUAGGCCAGGAGUAUCAGCAAUAGCCGGAGCUUUGGCUGUUGAAUUAUUUGUCUCCUAUGCUCAACUGAAAGACGACAUUUCAGCAAACGCUAAUAGUUGUAUAGGGGUUGUGCCACAUUCUAUCAGGGGUUUUUUGUUUGACUACCAACAGAUUACACCAUUCACUCCAAAUUUUGAUAAAUGCAUCGCAUGUUCAUCCAAAGUUACUAACAGUUUUAUUAAUAGCAGAGAUGAAUUUUUAAGUUAUGUGUUUACAAACCCAAAUUACUUAGAAGACUUGACAGGAUUAACUGAACUCAAAAAUCAGUUUGAAAAACUCGAAAUUUUUGAAGUCGAUGAAUUUGAUAUUUGAAAUCCACAUUCACUCCUACUAUUGGAUUGAUUCUGAAAAUCAGCAAUUACUUAUGCACAUAUUCUAGAGUGUCAUGCAUUUGAAUAAAUAUAUAUUUAUUAAUAUUUGUUUGUUUAUUUAUAUUCUACAAUU